UCAGGGUGAAACCUACUGGUUUGCUAACUGGCACUUAUGCAAGCCGGGCUCCUGCCCUUCCAGGCAGAUUGAAGCAAGAGAGAGUUUCUUGAAUGUCUGCAUUUCAAAGAGUCUGGAAGACAGAGCUGGGUAGGAGAAGACUCACAUCUCAAAGGGGCAGAGAAAGUAUUGCAUGUUUCCUGCUCCCAGAGCCAAUAGCCUGCUGGGCCCAGAGCUUGGCCUUCAACUCAGCUGUUAUCUGACAACCCUGGUGGAGUGGCGCCACCACGUGGACACUGUGCACACCAAUCACGCUGGGGCCUCCAGGAGCCUUCAGAAUAAGGAUGAAGACUUUCUUGAAAAUCAGAGCACAUCAGGAAACAACUCAAUAAGGAGUAGAGCUGUGCAAGACGAGGAACAAGGAAACGCCAAACAGAGUGAAGAGCAGGUCACAAUAGAGCAAGAGUCUCUAAGAAACAAAGAAGAAGACAUGGAAGAUGACCACGAUGGGCAGCAAAAAGGGUGUUUGGAAAGGAAGUACGAAACAGUUUGUGAUUUUUGUAGAAAACACAAAACUAUUCUUCGUUACAUCAUCGGGGGCAUUUUAUUAACUGGUUUCUUGGCCCUGGUGAUUACAGCCUGUGUGCUGAACUUUCAUAGAGCCCUUCCUCUUUUUGUGAUCACGGUGGCUGCCAUCUUCUUUGUUGUCUGGGACCACCUGAUGGCCAAAUAUGAACAUCGAAUUGAUGAGUUCCUGUCUCCAGGGCGAAGGCUUCUGAACAACCACUGGUUCUGGCUGAAGUGGGUGAUCUGGAGCUUACUGAUCCUGGGGAUUAUUUUCUGGCUGAUCCUUGACACUGCCAAAUUGGGUAAACAGCAGUUGGUGUCCUUCGGUGGGCUUGUAAUGUUCCUUAUCCUGUCAUUUCUGUUUUCCAAGCACCCAACCAGAGUUUACUGGAGACCUGUCUUUUGGGGAAUUGGAUUGCAGUUUCUUCUUGGGCUCUUAAUUCUAAGAACUAAGCCUGGAUUUAUUGCUUUUGAUUGGUUGGGCAAACAAGUUCAGACUUUUCUGGAGUACACUGAUGCUGGUGCUGUAUUUGUCUUUGGUGAGAAAUACACAGACCACUUCUUUGCAUUUAAGGUCCUGCCAAUCGUGGUUUUCUUCAGCACCGUGAUGUCCAUGCUCUACUACCUAGGACUGAUGCAAUGGAUCAUCAAGAAGGUCGGAUGGGCAAUGUUCGUUACUAUGGGUUCAUCUCCUAUUGAGUCUGUAGUUGCUGCUGGCAAUAUAUUUGUUGGACAGACGGAGUCUCCACUACUGGUUCGACCAUAUUUACCACAUGUCACCAAGUCGGAACUCCAUGCCAUCAUGACAGCUGGCUUUGCAACAAUUGCUGGAAGUGUCUUGGGUGCAUACAUUUCUUUUGGGGUGUCAUCGACCCACUUGCUAACGGCCUCAGUCAUGUCAGCACCUGCAUCACUAGCUGUUGCCAAACUCCUGUGGCCUGAGACAGAGAAACCCAAAAUAACGCUCAAGAAUGCCAUGAAAAUGGAAAGUGGUGAUUCAAGGAAUCUCCUAGAAGCUGCAACACAGGGAGCGUCUUCAUCCAUCCCUCUGGUGGCCAACAUCGCUGCGAAUCUGAUUGCCUUCCUGGCCCUCUUGUCAUUUCUGAAUUCGGCCCUGUCCUGGUUUGGAAGCAUGCUUGACUUCCCACAGCUGAGUUUUGAGCUCAUAUGCUCCUACAUCUUCAUGCCCUUUUCUUUCAUGAUGGGAGUAGACUGGCAAGACAGCUUUAUGGUUGCCAAACUCAUAGGUUAUAAGACAUUCUUCAAUGAAUUCGUGGCUUAUGAGCACCUCUCAAAGUUGAUCAAUUUGAGAAAAGAGGCUGGACCCAAAUUUGUAAAUGGUGUGCAGCAGUAUAUGUCGAUUCGUUCUGAGACAAUUGCCACUUAUGCCCUCUGUGGUUUUGCCAAUAUCGGUUCCCUAGGAAUAGUGAUCGGCGGACUCACUUCCAUCGCUCCUUCCAGAAAGCGUGACAUCGCCUCCGGAGCAGUGAGAGCCCUGAUUGCGGGGACGACUGCCUGCUUCAUGACAGCCUGCAUUGCCGGCUUACUCUCCGGCACCCCUGUGGAUGUCAACUGCCAUCACAUUCUAGAGAAUGCGUUCAACUCUAGUUCACCUGGCAACACAGCCACAGUGUUACCUUGUUGCCAAAGUCUGUUGAACGGUACUGUAAUCAUGGGGCCUGGUGAGGUCAUCCCAGGAGGAAACCACAGCCUGUACUCCUUGAAGGGCUGUUGCCAACUGCUGAAUCCACCAACACUUAACUGCAGUCAGAUCCCUAAUAUAUUUUGAGUUCAGCCACUUCUCUGAUGAAACUCUGGAUGCAGAUGCUGAAUUUCCUGCUUUGGAGGAAAAAGAAGAAGCUAUUGUCCACAGAUUGAUAACUUCUUUCAUGAAAUCAGCUUUAAUCACAAGGAAAGAAGAAAAACAAGAGCAAACACUUCAGAGCUACACCAUUUUCCUCCACCUCUUCCCUCUUCAACCCAUCCUUUUCCACUAAAAACUCCUAUGAUGUCCCAAAGUGAGGCAUUGUCUACAGUCCCAACAAUGGUUUCUGACUUCAGAUUUUUUUCAAGGCAUUUAAUGAGAAUGCAGGUAUAAAUUGUCACUCCCAAUAGCUGGGCUAUGACUCAGCCAUGUCCUCCUAGUGCUUAAUUUGUCUAUAGGUAGUCCAGAGUGAUUUUUUGUGUUCAUUUGUGUGUUUUUGUUUUGAGACAGUCUCACGAUGUAGCCCAGCCUGAUCUUAAACUUGACAUCCUUCUGCCUUGACCUCUUGAGUGCUGGGCUUCAAGCAUGUACCACCAUGUCUAGCAAGAGUGGCUUAUUUUAAACUCAUCUCAGGUGAGGUCACUGCUAUGGUGAUAAGCUAGGGUGACCUCACUUACCUGCAAUACCUUGAACUUGAACCUCACAUGAAGGAAAGCUAAUCAGCAGCCAUCAGCUACCCUCCAGAAGUCCUGCACAAACCAAGAGUCCUUCAGAAAAGCAGUUUGCAAAUUUAUGUUUCACUCAUAUUACAUGUUUAUAGUGGUCAAUUUUGGCUGUUGUCCACAUUUCAAGGACCCAGGAUAAAAAAGCAGCCCUGUGUAGGCUAUGCUGGUCUUAAGGAUAAGAAAGAUGAGACAACAUGAUGGCUCUUAAAACUUCUGUGGAUAGUGACAUCUUCACUUCCACUACAUUCCAUUAACCAAAGCAAGUCCUGUGACAAGCAUGAUGUCAGUGACCAUAGAUGAAUGUCUUGUCAUAGAUGAAUGUCUUGUCAUAGGGAGAGAUUGUGAACACCUUAUAGAAAUAAUACUAUGCUACAAAGGCACACAAUAUUUGUGUCUGUCUUCAAGGAGUCCACCUGUGAUAGAGCACAAUUGCAGUCCUGUCCAUGUGCAAAUUUGGUCAUAUUCCUGGCAACAAGACUGGAAAACAACUACCCCUCAGUCAAAAAGCCAUAUAAAGACCAAUUGAAGAAGAAAAAUAAGUCCUGACUGAGAUCUGAACACCUUCCAUUGAUUCUUUCAUUGACUAGGAAGACAUCAGUAACAAACUUGUUUACCAGGUGUCAGUGUCUCAGAAGAAAAUGCCAGAGAUGUCAGUGGAGUGCUCUUUAAUGAAAGGUUCAUCGCCAUUACUCUUAACAGUAUAAAGACCACAUUGUGCCAUGGGCUGUGGGGGGAACGACAUUGAUGCCUCUGAGUCAGUGAUUCACAAGGAAGAAACACUAAAUGUGAAAAUGGUUCUGCAAUACCUUAUGUUUAUUUUGUUUCUCUUCUGUUCGUGUACAAAAGUAAUUUUUCUUAAAAAAUGUGUAAAAGCUUGAGUGUUUUUGUUGGUUUUAUUUUGUUUUUUUUUUUGAUGGUGAAAGAGAGAGCUAAAACUCCAAAGAUUCUUUAUUCUCAAAGUAAAUAUUUCUAAUUAGAUAGUCUAGUAGAUAUUUCUAAUUUUUAGGCUGGGCAUGAUGGCACAUGUUUCUAAUCC